AUGCUAGGAGAGGGUCGCGAGGAGCCCGACAGGCUCUAUGUACCACCUCUACUCGAAGAUGACGAUCGUCUCGUCGAUCCCGACACUUCCGAAGACUUUCCACCGCCCGACGUUGAAGCAGGCCACGCACUUCCCAUCUGGCUACGGGAAUCGUCCAAAUCUUUUCGCUGGGGAUGGGUUCCGUUGCCGCUGAGAAAGGUCGGUCGCUCUGCCGCCCAUUGGGUGAAAGGCCCCGAUCCGCCGCAUAUGCUUCUGUUGAAGCCGCUGUUUCCGCGAUUCCAGGAACUGCCUGUUCAAUACCUUGACCGUUUGUUGCCAAAGCGCAAGUAUAAAAUCUUGCUUUUGAUGCUGCUAUAUGUCUCUUGGUUUUUACCUUGGUUCCUUGUUUUGCUACACUCGCGUUCAUCUGGGUAUAUUGAAGGAUACGGUCGGCCGCAAACCCUCUCGUGUUCGACAAACUUUUGGGAAUUUGAUAAUGGAUGUGGGGUAAAUGGAAACGACUGCCGUCCGUUUUCUUCCUCGACCAUUCCCUUCCGCUGUCCCGCGAAUUGCCGCGACACCAAAUUAUUGGAGCCUCAUAUUGUGGGAAAUCAUACAUACAACUACCAGGGACUAGUUGUUGGAGGUCCCCAACCCGAUUCCUCGGACCCAGCACUUUACCGCGCAGACAGUUUUGUCUGCCAAGCGGCUAUCCAUGUGGGCGCUAUCUCCAACGACGGCGGUUGCGGUGUUGUGAAGCUUGAAGGCGCGGCGCAUUCUUUCCCUUCAGUCAAGCAGAAUGGCAUUUUGUCUGCCGCUUUCCCAUCAACCUUCCCCAAGGCAUUCAGUUUCCUCCAGCUGUCUUCACCACAGGCUAGCUGCCCAUCAGACCCACGUUGGACUUUGCUUGGAGUCACCGCUGCUGCUGUUGGCGUUUUGUGGCUUUUCUGCACCUCGCCACCUGUUCUGUUCUUCAGUACAUUCUUUAUGGUGUUCUGCCAUACAGGACUAGUUGCCGACCCUCCCUCAUAUCCCACCUUGGCCGACCUUGUCUCCAGUCUUCUAUCGCGACUACUGCCGGCUUCCUUCGUCGUCUAUGUCCUAUAUAAGUUCUGUGCGGCACCGCUUCUACAGCCUAUUUCCUCUCCUAUCUAUCAGUUCUCAAAGAUGCUACUCUACUUACCUCCGCUGUUCAUUGGGGCUUUGAAUAACUACACCUUCGCGCGGUUGAUUCCACUGCAGCGUCUGACCCCGAUGGACAUCCAGAAGCAACCGGGAGCGAAGUUCGCAUUGGCUCUUGUCAUUCCAACCGUGCUCGCGAUUGUUUUGAGUCAAGCAUGGCAGAUUCGUCAAGGAGGGUUGCUUCCACGAUAUUUGAAGAUCUACUGCACGAUGUUGCUGAUCAUUUUGAUUUUGCUCCCCCUUCCUGGUCUCCGUCUUCGGAUCCAUCAUUACAUCCUGGCUAUCUUACUCAUGCCCGGAACUGCUUUCCCUACUCGUCCGUCACUCAUCUACCAGGGUCUGCUGCUGGGUCUCUUCAUCAACGGAGUUGCGCGGUGGGGAUUCGCCUCAAUCAUUGAGACCCCCGCCGCUUUGGGAGAGCAUGCACCCCUCGGAGAUGGAAUUCAUGGAUGGUGGGGAUCUACCUACCCCAAUAUCACUGAAUCCUCCGUCAAUAUCUCGCUGCCAGAAUUGGAGUCUAUUCACACCCAUCGCGGCAACGGAAAUAUCACCUUCUCUCUGUGGGAGCAUGACCGGAUGACCGAUCUCGCAGUAGAUGGUGUUUCAGUUCUUCUAAAUGACGUGGAGCGCUGGCGCGGAUACCUCGACGAAGACAAACAGGGAGAAUUUACGUGGCACCGUCAUGGUCAUGACGGCCUUGAGCUACAAACCAAUCCCCGCCUGGUAAAUCGCGAUGUCAACCCCGAUAUCAAACCCCAAUCUGUCCUACUUGCUGAUAGCGACUCUGAUGACGAACCCGAAGAUCUUUUCUUCCGAUUCGCGUUCUUGAGAGGCGCCGAGGCUGGUACAUACGGCCCGACAGGUGUCUGGCUGAGCGAUGGCACAUGGUACCCUCCUUCACCUCCGAAGGAGUAG